AUGCGACAAGGUUUAUCAAUUAUGAAUGCGCCAUCAGAAACUGUGAUUGCAUUUUCUUGUGCAGCAGGUGAAGCGACGCUUGACGAGACAGGGAAUAAUAGAAAUGGUAUUUUUACUGAAAACUUAUUAAAAUACAUUGCAGUACCCAAUAAAGAUAUUGAAGAAGUGUUAAAACGUGUUUCUCGUGACGUCAAACUACAAACAGGUGGCUUUCAGAAACCAUAUCGAACAAGCUCUUUGACGGAAGACGUUUUCUUGGUAACAAACCACAGUGAAGGUCAGACGCUAUUCUUUGUAAAUUCAUUAAUUUUUGCUUUGUUAGAAUCAGUCAAAGGACUGAUUCAGGGUGCUUAUCAACCAAGUCAUUCUACAAUUAGUGCAGCGGCUGUAUCAAAGACUCCAAUAACAACAAGUCAAAUAUCAACUGAAUCUCAGAUAAAACAAAAUGAAAUUCAAACAGGAAAAAAUCAAUACAAACAAUUUGGAAUUACUGUUGCUGGAGGAAAUGGAGAAGGACAGAAAUUAAAUCAACUCUAUUGUCCUACUGGGAUGUUUAUUGAUAAUGAUAAAUCAAUUUAUAUUGCUGAUUCUUACAAUCAUCGUAUUGUUAAAUGGAAAUUGAAUUCAAAUACUGGUCAAAUCAUUGCAGGUGGAAAUGGAAAAGGAAAUCAAAAUAAUCAAUUGAAUUGGCCAACAAAUAUAAUUUUUGAUAAACAAAAUAAUUCUUUUAUUAUUUCUGACCAACGAAACAACCGAGUAAUUCGAUAUUUUGAUCAAAAUCAAACUAAUCAACAAAUCAUCAUUUCAAAUAUUGGUUGUUGGGAUCUGACAAUCGAUAAAAAUGGAUUUGUUUAUGUUUCUGAUUGUUGGAAUCAUGAAGUAAGACGAUGGAAACAAGGAGAUGACGAAGGUGAAUUGGUGGCAGGUGGAAAUGGUAAAGGAAACCAUCUUAAUCAACUCAAUUUUCCUACUUUUAUCUUUAUUGAUGAAGAUUAUUCUCUUUAUAUAUCAGAUCGUGAGAAUCAUCGAGUAAUGAAAUGGGAAAAAGAUGCUAAAGAAGGAAUUAUUGUUGCUGGUGGAAAUGGUAGAGGACGUAGUCUCAAACAAUUAUGGAGUCCUGAAGGAGUGAUUGUUGAUCAUUUGGGUCAAAUCUAUGUCGCAGAUUUGAUGAAUCAUCGAGUAAUGCGUUGGUGUGAAGGAGACAAAGAAGGAGAAAUUGUUGUUGGUAGAAAUGGUCAAGGAAAUCAAUCAAAUCAAUUGAAUUAUUCCUAUGGUUUAUCCUUUGAUGAUAAAGAAAAUCUUUAUGUUGUUGAUUGUGGCAAUCAUCGUAUCCAAAAACAUGAAAAACUUUGA